GUUGGCGGUUACGUGCCCGUCUCCCGUCGCUUUCCCCUUGCUGUCGGAGGGUAUGGUAGAUGUGGAAGAUUUUACGGUAUCUAUUAAAGAAGAAUAGAAGAAGUUUGGCCAGGAGAUGUUAGCCAGUUAACAUUCUGUUAAUAGUUUAUCCAAAAAAAGUAACUAAAGCACAGUAUCUGGUUAUUUUAACAUUGUUGACGAGAGGAACAACAACUCAUAUUCUGCCUGGGUAGUCUACAACCCAUCCCAAUUUCAGGUUUCAGUUGAUGGAGAAUGAGUGUCCCUGACUACAUGCAAUGUGCCGAGGAUCACCAGAGUCUUCUGGUUAUUGUCCAGCCUGUGGGAAUUGUACCAGAGGAACAGUUCUUCAAGAUAUACAAGAAAAUUUCUGCUGCCAAUCAGAUUAACCUUCAAGAUUCUCAAAGAGUUCUAUACAUUCGUUAUAGACAUCAUUACCCACCUGAAAACAAUGAAUGGGGAGACUUUCAAACCCAUCGAAAAGUUGUGGGGUUGAUAGCUGUUACAGAGUGCUGCAAUGCAAAGGACUGGCCUCAGACUUCAGAGAAAUUCCAUCUACAGAAAGAAAUUUAUGGUUCUACAUUGUACGAUUCACGUUUGUUUGUCUUUGGGCUGCAGGGAGAAAUAGCUGAGCAACCUCGCACCGAUGUUGCAUUUUAUCCAAGUUACGAAGAGUGUGAAACUAUAGAAAAGAAAGUGGAAGACUUUAUUGAAUCAUUGUUUAUUGUUUUGGAAUCGAAGCGUCUCGACAGAGCAACAGAUAAAUCAGGAGACAAGGUUCAAUUAUUGUGUGUGCCAUUUGAAAAGAAAGAUUUUGUGGGCCUAGAUACAGAUAGUAGACAUUACAAGAAGCGUUGCCAGGGCAGAAUGCGGAAACACGUUGGUGACCUUUGCUUGCAAGCAGGCAUGCUACAAGACGCUCUUGUUCAUUACCACAUGGCUGUAGAACUACUUCGUUCUGUGAAUGAUUUUCUGUGGUUGGGAGCUGCACUUGAGGGUUUGUGCUCAUCUUCUGUUAUCUACCAUUAUCCAAGUGGUACUGGGUCAAAACCUGCUGUGCGCAGAGCUUGUAGCAUGGGUUUAUCAUCAGAGGCUGGUAGGCGACAUCGUCAUGGGGCACAGGAAGUUCUCAUUGAUCCAGGUGCAUUGACAACAAAUGGCAUCAGUGCAGACACUAGUGCAGAGAUUGGAAGAGCGAAGAACUGUUUGAGUCCUGAGGAUAUUAUUGACAAAUAUAAGGAAGCCAUUUCUUACUUUGGGAAGUACAAAAAUGCUGGUGUGAUUGAACUGGAAGCUUGUGUGAAGGCAGUUAGGGUGCUGGCCAUUCAGAAGAGAAGUAUGGAAGCCUCUGAAUUCCUUCAGAAUGCUGUAUACAUCAAUCUUGGCCAGCUUUCUGAAGAGGAAAAGAUACAGCGAUACAGUAUCCUUUCUGAACUGUACGAUUUGAUAGGAUUUCAUCGUAAAGCUGCCUUCUUCAAACGUGUAGCUGCAAUGCAAUGUGUGACACCAUCUAUUGCUGACCCUGGAUGGAGAGCUUGCUACAAGUUGUUGUUAGAAACAUUACCUGGAUUUAGCUUGUCACUGGAUCCUCAAGACUUCAGCAAAGGAACUCACAAAGGUUGGCCAGCAGUACAAAUGCGUUUACUGCAUGAGCUUGUUUAUGCUUCAAGACGAAUGGGAAAUCCUGCUCUUGCAGUUCGUCACCUGUCCUUUCUUCUUCAAACCAUGCUGGAUUUCCUCUCAGAUCAAGAGAAGAAGGAAGUUUCUCAGAGUUUAGAGAACUACACAGCAAAAUGCCCUGGUACUAUGGAGAUUGUAACACUUCCCGAUGAUGUGAAAUUACCUCCAGUCCCCCUCACUAAGCUUCCUAUAGUCAGGUCUGUAAAGCUCUUGAAUCUUCCACCUAAUCUCCGUCCAUUGAAAAUAAGAAACACACUUGGUCAGAAUAUAUCCUCAAAGAGCCCUUUCAUUUACUCACCAAUUAUUGCACACCACCGCGGUGAAGAAAGAAGCAAAAAAAUAGAUUUCCAAUGGGUGCAGGGAGAUGUAUGUGAAGUUCAGCUGAUGGUCUAUAAUCCUAUGCCUUUUGAACUGAGAGUAGAAAACAUGGGAUUAUUGGUAACUGGUGUUGAAUUUGAAUCUCUCCCAGCUGCUCUUUCUCUCCCUGCUGAAUCUGGACUGUACCCAGUGACACUAGUGGGUGUUCCUCGUACAUCAGGACAGAUCAAUGUAAAUGGUUACCAAACAUCUGUUUUUGGUGUGUCCAGUGACUGCCUGUUAGAAAAUUUGUCUGGAGUGAAAGUUAAUGGCUGCACUGUGGAAGUUGUCCCCUCUUUACCACGACUACAAAUUACUACCUCUCUGCCACGAUCUGCUCAGAUACUGGUGCCAUUGUCAGGCGAUGAGAUAUUUACUAGUGCAUCUCUUCAACUCUUUAAUGGGGAAUUGCAACAGCUGACCAUCAAGCUGGAGAAUAUUGGUACAGAACCUUUGGAAACAUUAGAGAUCUCUGCAAAGAACAUCAAUGACAAAGAAAAAUUGAAUGCUGAUUUUCUGACCUGGAACUUAGAAGAAUUGCUUUCGCAGUUACCUCUUGAAUCUGGGAAGGUUGCUUAUUUCACUCUUAACAUACAAGUGAAACUGGACUUCUCAUGUCAAGAAAGUCUACUUCAGGAUCUGAAUGAUGAUGGAAUGAGUGUUGCAGGGCUACCUUUGUCAAGUCCUUUUCGACAGAAUGGCAAAUUAGGUUCAGAGAGCAAAUCUGCUGUUUUCAAUUCAGCUGACACUAACAGUAAAAGUGAAUACAAUCAUGUGAAGACACUGGAAGCCAUUUUGAACUUCAAGUAUUCUGGUGGACCAGGUCACAGUGAAGGUUACUAUAGGAAUCUUUCUUUGGGACUUCAUGUGGAUGUCGAACCAUCAGUAUUCUUUACAAGGGUCAGCACACUUCCUGCAACAAGCACCCGGAAGUGCCAUCUUCUCUUGGAUGUCUUCAACUCGACAGAGCAUGAACUGACCAUUAGUGCAAAGAAUAAUGAGGAUUUGACUUUGCAUGCUGGAGAGUGUCAAAGAAUGGCCAUACAAGUCAACAAGUUCAAAUUUGAAACUCUUCCAGCGUCCAGCACUGCAGGUGAAAUGUGUGCAGAAAACCAAAAGCAGAUUGAAGAGGAACGGAGCCAUGCUCAGGCUAUAGAGAUCAACAACAAAUUGAACAUCAGCUGGAAGAUCUCAUCUCUUAAACGUGAAGGAGAAGCAAGUGUGGAAGGUGUUCUCAAUCAAUUAGUGCAAGAACAUUUACAGUUAGCUCCUCUGCAGUGGGAUGUACUGGUAGCUGGGAAACCCUGUGACUGUGAUGUUGCAGUAGAAUGCCAGGCUGGCGAGCCAACCUCUCUGGAAGUGAAGCUCACAAAUCAGAGCAAGCGUACUGUUGGCCCUUUCGCCCUCACUGUCAUUCCAUACCAGGACUAUCAAAAUGGGGUCCACAACAAUGAUCUUGGACAUGCUGUAACUUCAAUUGGAUCCAAUACAUUCUACAUAGAUGCAGUGAAAUCCAGUGAAGAGUUUGUUUGCAGUGGAGCUCUGCUAUUCCUUUAUGCUGGUGAUUAUUACUUGAAUAUAAAAUUUCAUGAUGACAACUCUAGUAGGGAGUUGCCCCUUUCUUGGUUCUGUUUGCCAAGUGUUCAUGUGCGUGCCAUGGAUCCAGCUCAGCACACGAUGUUUUAAAUUUAUUUUACACUGUAGGGAUUGUAAGAUGUAGUGAGUUAGAUCUUUGUAAAUAGUGACUAACUAGAUAUACUUGCCAACAGGGUCUCCUUGAAUAUUCUGGUUUAGGACUACAAAGGCACUGUAUCAAAAAUAAAAUGUUGCUGGAUUUUUCUGUAAAGCUUGUUUGGCCAAAUUUUAAAUAUCCAAGGAGCCGAUAGCUUCAGUCAUUAAAAUUACUCAAAGAUAGAACUAAACCUGGAUUAUAGAGGAGGUGGAAUGUACCUUUUGGACAAAAUGAAAGGCACUUGAUCAGUAGCUUGGAGUGCUCUUUGAUCUCUAUUUGAAACUUUGUUAAAACCUAAAAGGUGAAUGUAUUAUUCUUCGUAUGGUUACGUGAACUCAGUUGCGCAAUGAAGAUUGGAUGUUAAAAAUCUUUCAGAUUUUUGGCUGUAAAAAUAAUGGGGAACAGGUUGACAAAUAAUAUCAGUGUUGUGAUAAUGAAGGCAUGUAUCCAUUACAAGUCGGAUAUGACAAUGCUGCAAAGAUCAGUCUUAAUGUUUAGUUAAUACAUUAUGUUCCCCUUUUAAAAUCUUUCGCAUAGUUUUCAGGUAUAUGGGACACAGUGUAUUCUUGCUCUGUAUUAUAGCUGUAAGGUAACUGCUAUUGUUUGUGAAAGUAGGCAGUAUGCCUCAUUCACACUGCAUUGAUGUGGCUACAAUGCUUUGAAGAGGUUAUUCAUUAGUUUGUCCCCAAGCUUUUACCAAUAAAGAAUUAAGAAAAUAAACUGAAAAAACAGUUACAAACUCAGGGUUUUUUUUAUAAUUAAAAUUUGCUGUGGUUAAGUUUAUCUGAACCAUAUGAAUAAUUCAUCUUUGUGGUUAAUUUGCAGUUGAAUUUCUGCAAUGAUUAUUAAGUAAAUAGAAUGAUAAGUAUUCUUGGGAUUGUGCCACUCUUUCAGCUGCAGUGUGAACAAGGCUAUUGUAUGACUUUUUGUUUCAAACAAAAUUCAGGAACUACUGUAACAAACAUCACUGUACACAACCAAAUGCUGUUCUAAAGAUACUUUUCUUUCCUGUACCUGCAAAAAGGAAAUAAA